AUGCCCCCAUGGGGGCUCAACUGGCAUGCAUGCAAGAACAAGCUCAGAACAAGGCUGUGGGGCCAGAUCCAUGAAUCGAGGCCCGUCGACAAGGAUGUGGCAGAACGGCGCUGUUGGGACAGCCCGUUCAAGAUAGCCCCCACGAGAGCUAUCAGGACGACGGAGGAGCGUUUGGCUCUCGAUCUAAGUCUUGCAUUUACACCUGGACGCUGGAGACCCGACUUCGAUAAACACUACGUACUCAGCUCUGGCUUCACGGAAUUCAGUGGACCAGUCUUCCCCAUCUUCCUGGUCACAUUUGUCAGUACAGACUCUCAUAGCGCGUGGCUUGCCGAAAUUCAAUACUGUUCAAGCGCCAAUAUGAACAAAAGGGGCCCAAAUAACGGGUGCUACCUUGGAUGCUAUCAAACGCCGAAGAGCAAAAUCGUGUUCAAGAUUCAAGCUUAUCAUCUCCGCAACAGAGAAUGGGUCCGUUUCCCAAUCGUCAAAAAGGAUUUUACUGUGAGACGGAUUUGA